GUCAUUACGACAUCCCGAGAACACACGUCCAGCCACAUUUUCAUUCCCAUAAAACCUUCUCUCCAUAUUAUCGGCCAGCAACGAGCCAGGCGUUAGGACUGCUGUACAUCUUCAGCACAAGAACGAAAAGGCACACCAGCCACACGACCACCUUCAGCAAUUCCGAUGCCCCUUAUCGCCAUACGCCAACAACACACGCACAUCCUCGACAAACUUUGCUAGAAUCAGGUCGAUAUUUCCAGACAUCGAAGAGGAUUUGACUAAAGCAUGCCGAGUCUGUUGACUCGGAUAGAGGGAUGGGAAGAGAUCGAAGAGCCAAUGCUGCAUCAGGCAAUGGGGCGAGAUACGAUUGCGUUAGCACCACAAACAACCCCAUUAGAAUCUGAUCGGUGGAUGGUUAUUGUGAAUGUCGUUAUACUAUGUUUGACUGUACUUGGUGCUGGGAUGAUACUUUCGUCCAUGGCGAUCAAUGAGUUUGUUUUUUCACGACCAGGUACAACACGUACACGCAUCGUCCAAGCAUUAAUCGUCAGCGAUCUUCUUCUUGGGAUCAUCGGCCUCAUCUCCUCCGGUCUCACCCUCACUGGUGAUGGCCAUUUGAUGUCUCAUGGAACAACCUCUUGCUCGGGCCUGGGUUUUAUGCUCACUGCCAUUUUAUGGUCUGAGCAUCUAUGGACACUUUUACUUGCAUUUGCUACUUACAUGAUCUUGACCAAUCCUUUACACUCCAUGACCUUAUGGCUAGAAAAAAAGUGGUUUUAUUUUUAUAUAAUCGUUUGGGUCAUAGCUAUAAUCAUGGGUUUGAUUGGUUACGAAGUAUAUGGCUUUUACCCUGCUGGAGGGAUUUGUUUUUAUGGAAACAACACUGGGCUUUACGCGGAACUCAUCCAGUUCAUCCCUAGAGCAAUUGUCUGCUUGACCAUAACUGUUCUCUACUCUCGUCUCAUUGUCUUUCUCCGCAGACCUGACAAAAUUCGGGUCAAAUCCGGCUCCACCACCGGAUAUUCGGACGAAAUCAUUUCUGAUACACGACAACGUUCUGGGCUGUUGCCCUUCACAAAUCCUUUCAGGCGCAAUUGUGCCAGCACCGGCAAUCCUCCUCAGGGAAAUCAAAAUGCCGCCAUAGCCACAGUUUCAGGAGAAACCUCGGAAAGUUCUCAACCCGUGGAAUCAAUAAAGGACAAGGACGCUAGACCUAUUUCUGCUUUUGCUAGAAAAUCGUGGUCUCUUCCGACUUCGCCAACGUCAUUGCCUGAAAACAUGGCAGACUUACCGCCCUGGGAGCGGAUAGAGCUUCCAGCCUUCCAGAUUGAUGGUGAGAAAUUUGGCGGUCCAGCAACGGCCGUUGGAGGCAGUUCGUCUCUGUGGAGUGGCUGGAAAGGUCUGGGAGGAAGAAAGCGGCCCUCGACUGGCUCGUCUAUGAUAUCGCCUCAGCUUCAGGAAGCGCCUAGGUUUGGAAGCAUAUCCUCUAGCGCUAGCGUUGAUGACGGGACAGUUAGCCCCAGGGGGGUCGCUGGAAAAUUGAAGGUAUCGGCCCAAACUUUAGUUGCGCCUCGGAUGGAGAUAAUAGGUUCUGAGGAGGUGCCGACAGCUCCACGCGAUCACUUGUCUUCGAUAUCCCCUUUACCUGAAGACGUAACAGAUGAUGUUUCCAGAAACCGACAUCGAAAGGCUAGUAAUUCAGGUACGAUGGUUGACCUUUCCUGGUGCACGCACAAGAUGCCUUCUCAUGGAAGCUUCACUCCGAGCAAUUUGCCAUCAUCUGAUAAAUUAUCGACACUCGAAAAUCAUCGCCCUUCUGUUGCAACAGUAGUAGAUUCGAUAGAAAGUAUACGGGCGUCAAAAAAAUUAUUGGUGUCCUCCAUAGCAUUCGAUGACGAUGCUUCCAUCCCGGCUGUGGAACAACUCCCAACUGCACAACCUCAACCAACGAGACCUCCUUCACCCAUAUUCUCACAAUCCGCCCCUUCUUCUCGACCUCACUCGCCUUCGCAACCUCGUACAACACUCUUCUCUAAUCCAAAGUCUCUACACUCUCGGCAGCACACAUUAUCUGGACCAGAUGUAGGAACCAGUUCCGCACCAGCUGCGUUAGACGAAGACGAUCUAGAUGAGGAGCUGGAUCUUAUGAAGAUGUUAGCUGCUACACCUCCAAAAGCCGAUGAUAGAUUUGCCCUUCCUCCCGGUGAACAGUAUGAGCUGGUGCCGGAAAGCAUGUCAAGCUAUCUCAACAGGAAAACCGCCAUGUUGAUGCUUUGGUUCCCUUUGGGGUACCUUUUGCUUUUCUCUGUGUCUUUUGUUCGCAUCAUCUAUGAUUUCUGUGGCAAUCCUCCACAUGCUCUGCGCGCCAUUUCACGAUGGUUCAUCUUGGCUCAAGGUCUUCUCGAUGCAAUCAUCUAUGGUGUCGUUGAGUGGCAUACUAAGCGGGUAGUUCGCAAGCGAGUACGCCGCGGAACCUUCUCCCCUCAUCAUUCCAGCACCGGAUCUAGAGUGGUCAACAGCACAGCACGCGUUGUCAACAGUAUAACAUCGCGUAUGACACACUCUCGCGGAAAUGGCUCUGGAAGCGGGCUCGGGACCGGCUCUGCAAUAAAUUGUGAGAAUCUGCCAGGAGAUAAUGAUCGUGUUAGCUACCAAGCAGGACAGACAAGGAGUGGGUUGCAUGGGGGACAUGUGACGAACGUAAAUAGUGGGCUGGGCACAAGACCACGGAAUGGAGAGGAAUUAGUAUCAGAUGAAAAGCAGAAAUCAGGUAAUGGUGAAGUGCCAAGCAAAAAGACCUAAAAUACAUUCAUGGGCUUUCAUAUAUACUGUAGUCGUUAUAAUCAUUAAAAGGAGUUAAUAAUAUGUAGUUUUUAUAGAUCUUACUCGCAUUUUAUAGCAUUUUGUUGUCUAGUGUCGCUGACAUCUUCAUACAUGCAUUGAU